AUGGCUGCGUCACAGCUCGACCUUCCCCUUCCCGGUGCCUCCUUCUUCGAUAUUCACCAUGAUGGAACGACCGCCCGCAGUCCUGUCUCGUUACCCGAUGGGGGCUGCAACUUUGUCGACCUGACGCCCGGUGCCAACGGAGCCAAGUGUGGAUGUCGCCGUUUCUGGAGUCGCACUGUUUCUGGGAGAGGAUUCGCAGAUACCGUAGGAUCGGACCACACGGCCUGGUGCAUGUGCACUCACCACGCUUGUUAUCACGACCACACCCGCGACGCAGAAGCCACCACUCCCGUACUAGGAUUUGUUCCCGGACAGGAGAACACGAAGCCCAAGGAACAUCGUGAGCCCCUAAGCCCCGUCGUUCAGGAUGCUUCAUUCCGCCUGCCUUCUGGAUUCUCUACCUCAUUGGAUCUUAUGAAUCUGGACGCCGCGAUGCUGCUGCCCGUGAGCAAGCCCGAGGAUGCCAGGAACCCGCGCGCUGGACCCCCCAGCCAGCAGCUCGAAUCUACGUUGCAGGAUACGUUAAGUUGGGGCGAGUUUGUCCAGUCUCAGUCAGCCAACACGACUACAUUGCCCCCGAUUCCCCCUCAAUGCCUUAUGCCCUCUCAACCCAGUUCUACCACAUCGUCUAGCCAAGCUCGUUACUUGCGCCCCUUUGCCGGGAAAGGAUUAAACACACUCAGUGGUGUGCACCAGCCCGACCCUAGUUCUCUUCGCCAGGAAAAGCCGCAGAACCCGGAGCUCAUGGACAUUCAGGUUACACGAUCUGGAAUGGAAGUUGUUACCGCGGCUACCGUAUCUGCUUUUGGAAACGGCUCAGAUACUCCAAAAGCUCGACGAUCUCCUGUUCUUACAGUCCAGGCUCCCUCAGCAAUAUUUGGGUCACCUUCACGUGAUACGUUUCGGCACAUGUCAGACACAGUUCAGGGACACGAGCAACGGCUCGAUCGUUUGGAGAAUGUUUCCUUCUCCGCGGGAGGUAAUGAUGAAUGCCACGAAAAGCAUGAUGCCAUGGAUCUUCGCGUUACGGACCUAGAAGGCCGGGUAGAAGAGGUUGAAAAACUCAUGAAUGAUAACACCAGCCACGGAACUGCCCGCCAUCUCCGCCAACCUGCCGUUGAUGAGUCAAUGAGCAGCGCCGUCUCUGUUUCUACCAGCGCGACUGCUCGUAUGUCCGACGCGAGCGAGAUUUACAGCCACAUACAGUCCCUUCAGUCUCAACUUCGGCACCUCCAGUCUUUUGUGCCAUCUUGUAUGCAUGCCUGGGAAGUGGAGGUGGUGUUUCUUCCAUUCGCUCUCCGGCGCAUCUGGCAAGAAAGGCAUGACUUCAAGGUGGAACCAACAUCUAGCAUGGACGAAUGGACCCAGCUCCCCAACACCAACAGUACUGCCAGGCCAGGUACCCAAUCGCCAUAUCAUGGAGAUUGGGCGGCAUCAAGACGGGACUACGACUGGCUACUGGCCAAAGCCUGUGGCGCCAAGAGUCUCAUUGAUAGGCGCCUGAGGAGCAGAGGUCUGGUAAAAACUAUAUCCGUCAAGGGUCCUGAUGCUCGGAGCGUCGAAGCAGCCAUCCAGGCUGCGUUUGGCUCCGUCCUGCACCGUAUGUCGACUUCUGCGUCCACAUCUCGUCGGCGUGGCAGCAACACCAAGACGGACAAGUUCAUGGGUCUCCAACAACACUGGGUGCCCCUUCGGAAGAUCCACAAAGACUCCCGCCUCCGUUUUCUCUCACCGGCUGAGAUGGUCACACCAGCCUUGUGGGAUGUUCCCUUUCUCAACUCGAUCAUCAUGCGGGCUUCUGAGCGCAGGCUGUUCAUAACACAGUCAGAGGCAUACCUCCAGGAUCUGCACAUGCACGACCAGGGGUGGACUUGGCAGAGGCUCCGCGAACAGCCUCGUGUCUAUCCUGAAAAGAGUGCCUCGCAGGAUGUACCAGAGGCCGAUGCACAUGAAGAAUGUUGGGCCUUUACCGAGCAACUGGAUGAACCUGUCAGUGCCCAAUCAUCGCUGGGCAUGCGAGAAUUAGCGACGGCGCAGCGUGCUUCGACAUCGCCCUCACAGCGCUAUAUCCACAUCGAUUCAUCGCUGCGGUCACCCAGCCCGUACGUGACUCGCGGGCAUACUCCAAGGCGCGAAGUCCCCGUGACCCGACCAAUUCACGCUCGCACAACAUCGAUGCCACCUGCAGGGUCGGCGCUCAUUUCGCCGUCCGGCAUCAAGCGCCGGGUAGCAUCCUCAGGGCAACAAAGAAAGGGAAGCAUGACGCCUCAGAUGCAAGUUCGCCUUGAAGCUGUUGCUGUAGCAUACAAACGACAGCGAACGAGGUCCCCGACUCGUCCGCACCAUACUCCUCGCUGGACGUCUUCACCCAGCCCGGCACUGGCGAUGUUUCCAACAGAACACGAACGGGUACAGCCAGCUCGAGGCGUCACACCUCUAUAUUAUGCCACUCCUUUCAGUAACGCGCCUCUGACAGAGUCACGAAUGCGUGGCAGCGGCGGUAUGCCUGACGAAGACUCAGAUGAGCAUGGCGAAGCCGAUUCUGGCAGUACCAACCUGAACGAUGAUGAGAGCAUCUAUCGAGCUGCUACUGGCGUUCGAUUCACCAUUGCCGAGGAUAUUGAUGCGCAACACCUUCGGCAGCUUCAACCAGAGGACGAGCCGUGGCCUGGUAUUGAAGACCAGGAUCGUAUCUCGGAUGGAGAGAACAUCGAUCCGCUGUUUUCGCAAACAGCCGACGACGCGACCUCGGUAGCAAGCAGCCAGCCUUCUGAGUACCCUAGCACCCAACGUGGAUGGGGAGCGCAGGGCGCUGAUGAUGACGAUGACAUGGGUUUCCGAAUCCAUGAAGACGAUGACAGGAUGAUGUGA